AUGGACCCCGUCGACGUGCAGCACCUCAAAGAGGGCGAGGUCGACCUCGGCACCUCAAUCAUGGCCGUCGCCUACGACAAGGGCGUCAUCAUCGGCGCCGAUUCGCGCACCACCAUGGGCUCCUACAUCGCCAACCGCGUCACCGACAAGCUCACCCACCUCGCCGACCGCAUCUACUGCUGCCGAUCCGGCUCCGCCGCCGACACCCAGGCGCUCGCCGACAUCGUCACCUACUAUCUCGAAAUGUACUCGGUCAACAUGGCCGAGCAGCCCGACGUGCGCAUCGCCGCAAACAUGUUCCAGGAGAUGGUCUACAGCAACAAGGACAGGCUCAGCGCAGGCAUCAUCGUCGCAGGGUGGGACAAGAAGAACGGCGGCAAGGUCUUCAACAUCCCCCUCGGCGGCGGCGUCUUCGAGCAGCCGUGGGCGAUUGGAGGCUCGGGCUCGACGUACAUUUACGGAUACUGCGACUCGACCUGGAAGGCCGGCUGGGGCAAGGAGCAGACGAUCGAGUUUGUCAAGAACGCACUGGCGCUGGCGAUGCGACGAGACGGCUCGUCCGGAGGCACGAUCCGCAUGGCAGACAUCACAGAGGACGGCGUGGAGCGGCACUUUAUCCCGGGCGACCAGCUACCGGAACUCGCCGACAAGAUCGUCUAG